GGGGUCGACAUUGGCCCCGGCGGCUGGGGGAGACAAACGUGGCCGGGUUUGUGUCGCGGUUGUUGCCACGCCCGGCACCCCCGCCCCCCCAUUGACGUCAUAACGACGCCGCGUCACCACGUCACGUGCGCACUGCAGAUUCCCACUUUCCGAUUGGCUACGUCUCGUUGCGACAGAAGUUCAGCAACAUGCGCGCGCACGUGAUUCGCAUUGUGACGUCACUCAUGUCCGUCGUAAAGAGUUCAGAAUGAGGAUGUUUAUUUACGACUGGAGGAAUCCGAUGAGCUGUAAAGCUCUUCUUCACAGGUGCACAGUAAGAGGCGGGUAAGAACUUGACAACAACACACAGUACAAGAACGGUAAACAACUCACCCAAACACAAACAAAUAAACCAUCCCCAUCAUAGCAGGCAAAGCCCACUGAAUUGAUUCGGAACUCGUUCUGACCAUAAGACACCAAUGACGUGUGAUAGAAUUGAUGAACUCUGUUAUAAACUUUGCCCUUUGGCUAAGAUUUAAAAAAUAAGACCCCCAAACAAUCUUACGUCUUAGAACUCUCUUCCCUCCGAUGAGCACGGGUGGCCACGUGCGGUGCGAAAGAAGUUCAAGCGUUCAACACGAAAGACAAAGAUCCACCCCGUGUAGCCUGCACAGACUGUUGGGGCAAGUGCUGUUAGCGAACACCUAUGAAGGCCUGAACGGCACACGAGGGGACUGGGUGGGCAGCACCACGCCCGACCGCCUUUGUCUCCCCAGUGGCGAUGUUUACACACCGCACCAGGUACUCAUUUGAGGCCGAGUCGACCUAUGGGAGGCCCGGGAUCGGUUCAGAUAAAUCGUCACCGGUGUUGUUCCAUGAGCGGCAUUCGAACUCGGGGUCGCCGGGUUCGCAGCGCAGCGUAGCGCUAACCGCUACACCACCACUCCCCACGUACACACACACAGGUACACACACACAGGUACACACACAUACAGGUACACACACACAGGCACACACACAGUGUACACACACACAGGUACACACACAGGUACACACACACAGUGUACACACACACACAGGUACACACACAUACACACAGCUACACACACACAGGUACACACACACAGGUACACACACACACAUACAGGUACACACACAGGUACACACACACAGGUACACACACACACAGGUACACACACAAACAGGUACACACACAUACAGGUACACACACACAGGCACACACACAGUGUACACACACACAGGUACACACACACAGGUACACACACACACACAGGUACACACACACAGUCCCAUUCCUCCAGUUUUUCAGUUGAGAGUUGGGAACACUUUUGUUGUUGUUGUUGAUAAAAUGAUGGACGACCCAAGGCAACAUUUGGGCAAGCAAGCAAAUGGAAUCGUUGGCAGAGACGUAAACGCGUUCGCCACGUCUACGAUCGCGCCGGAACCAGAAUGUGAAGGUUGCGAGUUGCAAUCCGGCUCAUCGUCGUCAACUUGUCACGUGACUCCCCCAAUGUGUGUCCGCUCGCUCUCCAACAGCGCCAACGACUCGGGAGGCGCCGGGGACCACGGACGAGCGGGAAGGCAGCGGCCACGCGGCGACGAGCCGGCACCAAGUUGCCCGAGCUCUGCGGUCCUCUACACGUCAACGCGUUACCGGCCAAUUCGCGAGUGCUGGCAAUGUGGCAGGAAAACCGGAGCGCCCAUCGAAAACUGACACACGCGAGGGGGAAACGCUCUAUAUCCCAUACAAAACGGAACGGGUGGAAUCUACUUUUUUUUCUUUCCUGUACCACCUUCUCCUCGACGCUCACGGGGAGCGGAGCGCCGCGACAUCUGUGCGGUGAUCCACCAGCCCCUCGCUGCCGCCGCCGCCGCCGAGUUCCGCGUCCCGCACGCCAACAACAACAAGGGGGAACUUGAGAUGUCUAAUCCCUGUGUAGAGAGCCGAGUACUGAACAGAAAGACCCCCCGUACAGUUGCACACGCCGGCUGGUGUGGCUUUGCUCUCCAACACACACGCGGUGUGCUGCACUCGUAACGAAUUGGCACGUUCUGUUUACGUGACAAACCUUACUCAUUGGCUGUGUCGGGUGGUGGCGGGUGGACAACACAUUUAUAUAUUUACGUUAUCUAACCCAACAAACAUGUAUCAUGAACCCCCGUGUAGCCUGUAACAGACUGUUGGGGCAAGUGCUGUGAGCGAGCAGCACCUGUGAAGGCCGCCACGGCACACGAUGGGGUGGGUGGCCAGCACCACGCCCGGCCGCCUUUGUCUCCCCAGUGGCGAUUAUUUUUACACACCGCACCAGCUACUCAUUUGAGACCGAGUCGACCUAGGGGAGGCCCAGAACCGGUUCGGAUAAUCGUCACUGGGUGUUGGCCGUGAGCGGGAAUCGAACUCGGCUCGCCGUGGUCCGGCCCAUCGUCGUAUGAGAGUCGUUGUGACGGCUCGACAUGGCCACGUGACAGGCUGCUCUUGCUGAGUUGUGAUCGGUGGCCGGGCCGCUUCUGAGAAGGAAGCACAUCGCUCAGUGGGCCUCAGCUGGCUGAUUCGUCGACUUCCCAAGAGCAAGGGGCAGUCCCAAAGCGUCAAAGCCUCACGCGAUUAUAAAAACAAGCAACCCAUUCCGCGUACCCUC